GGCGCGGGGCGACGGGGAGCUCCGGUGGAGAGCAGGCGCCGGCGGCUGCUGGAGCGGAGUUGGAGGAAGCUGGGGGCUGCGAGCAAGGCAGCGGGAGAGCGGCGGCGGCUGCGGCUGCGGCAGGAGGAGGGCGACGACGCCGCCGCGGAGAAGGGCAGCGAGGCGGCGGCUGCAGAGACGGCGGGGCUACUGCUCGCGCAUCCGUCCCGGGGGUGUCUGCGGGAGCGCGGAGGCCGCGCGAGCAGCGGAGUCAGGCUGCGGGAAGGUAAAGCAUGUGUUCAAGGUGCAACUGUAAGAUCUUAAGACCGAUGGACAGUCAGUGGCAAGAGCAUCACAACGGAUGGCAUUUGACUGUGAAAUUCAAUUAAAUGUUUGCAGCCCCGAGAAUUGAGCAAAGGAGCCCAUCUGAAGGGAGGAAGUGGCAUACCUUCUCCUGCCACACCUUUGAUGGAGGACACAUGGGCAGUAGAAUGGCAGAUCACCUUUCUUUUUAAAUCUUUGAAGAAUUCAGUUUUAACUUUUUCUGGAAUUACUUUAGGUGUUUUAAGACACUCUCCCCAGGCUCUUUUCACAUAAAGAUAAUAUAACAAAACUCAGUCAUUGAUUGGUAACAUUGGCAAAGAUGAGUGCCGAAGGUUACCAAUAUAGAGCCUUGUAUGAAUAUAAAAAAGAACGGGAAGAAGAUAUUGACUUGCACGUGGGGGAUAUAUUAACUGUGAAUAAAGGGUCCUUAGUAGCACUUGGAUUCAGUGAGGGAGAAGAAGCAAAGCCUGAUGAAAUUGGUUGGCUAAGUGGCUUUAAUGAAACAACAGGGGAAAGAGGAGACUUUCCAGGAACUUAUGUAGAAUAUAUUGGAAGGAAAAGAAUUUCACCUCCUACACCAAAGCCUCGUCCACCCCGACCCCUUCCUGUAGCUCCAGGCUCUUCAAAACUGGAAGCAGAUAAUGAGCAGCAAGGUUUUACACUUCUAGACCUCACAGAACAGUUUUCCUCUCCUGCAGUUGCUCCACCAAUCCUUAUUAAAUUAGUGGAAGCUAUCGAAAAGAAAGGCCUGGAAUGUCCAACUUUGUACAGAACCCAGAGCUCAAGCAGCUUAGCUGAACUCCGGCAGCUUCUCGAUUGUGAUGCCUCUUCCAUGGACUUUGAUGUGAUUGAUUUGCAGGUCCUAUCAGACGCUUUCAAGAGAUAUCUCCUGGACCUGCCAAAUCCUGUCAUUCCGGGGACAAUUUACAGUGAAAUGAUUUCUGUAACACAAGAACUACAGAGCACAGAAGAGAAUGUCCAGAUGCUAAAGAAGCUUAUGAGGACUCCUCACAUACCUCAUCAGCAUGGGCUCACGCUUCAGUAUUUGCUAAAACAUUUCUUCAGACUCUGCCAGGCCUCAAGCAAAAAUCUUUUGAAUGCGAGAUCUCUCUCUGAAAUUUUCAGCCCUAUGCUUUUCAGAUCUCCAGUCACAGGCUCUGAUAAUGCCGAAAACCUCAUAAAAACGAUAGAACUUUUGAUCUCAAGUGAAUGGAAUGAGCGACAGCCUGCACCAGCACUGCCUCCUAAGCCACCCAAACCUACUACUGUAACACCUAACAACGGUAUGAAUAACAAUAUGUCCUUACAAGAUGCUGAGUGGUACUGGGGAGACAUCUCAAGGGAAGAAGUAAAUGAAAAGCUUCGAGAUACAGCAGAUGGUACCUUUUUGGUUCGAGAUGCAUCCACCAAGAUGCACGGUGACUAUACUCUUACACUUAGGAAAGGAGGAAAUAACAAAUUAAUCAAAAUAUUUCACCGAGAUGGGAAAUAUGGCUUUUCUGACCCGUUGACCUUCAGCUCCGUGGUCGAGCUGAUCAACCACUACCGGAAUGAAUCUCUAGCUCAGUAUAAUCCCAAACUGGAUGUGAAAUUGCUUUAUCCAGUAUCCAAGUACCAACAGGAUCAAGUAGUAAAAGAAGAUAAUAUUGAAGCUGUAGGAAAGAAAUUACAUGAAUAUAACACUCAAUUCCAAGAAAAAAGCAGAGAAUAUGAUAGAUUAUAUGAAGAUUAUACCCGUACAUCUCAGGAAAUCCAAAUGAAAAGAACAGCUAUUGAAGCAUUUAAUGAAACAAUAAAGAUAUUUGAAGAACAGUGCCAAACCCAGGAACGGUACAGCAAAGAAUACAUAGAAAAGUUUAAACGUGAAGGAAAUGAAAAAGAAAUACAAAGGAUUAUGCAUAAUUAUGAAAAGUUAAAGUCUCGAAUCAGUGAAAUUGUGGAUAGUAGACGAAGGUUAGAGGAGGAUUUGAAGAAGCAAGCAGCUGAGUAUCGAGAGAUUGACAAACGGAUGAACAGCAUUAAGCCAGAUCUCAUUCAACUGAGGAAGACAAGGGACCAAUACUUGAUGUGGUUGACUCAAAAAGGUGUCCGACAAAAGAAGUUGAAUGAAUGGCUGGGCAAUGAAAAUACAGAAGACCAAUAUUCAAUGGUGGAAGAUGACGAGGACUUGCCGCACCAUGAUGAGAGGACGUGGAACGUGGGAAGCAGCAACCGAAGCAAAGCAGAGAACCUCUUGCGUGGCAAACGGGACGGUACCUUCCUGGUCCGAGAGAGCAGCAAACAGGGCUGUUUUGCUUGUUCAGUAGUGGUGGAUGGUGAAGUAAAGCACUGUGUGAUAAACAAGACACCGACGGGGUAUGGAUUUGCAGAGCCAUAUAACUUGUACAACUCUCUGAAAGAGCUGGUGCUACAUUACCAACACACAUCCCUUGUCCAGCACAACGACUCUCUCAACGUCACCCUAGCCUACCCAGUCAAUGCACAGCAGAGGCGAUGAAGAGCUCCUCCUGUCUCUUUACCUAAAGUUCCACGACACUGAGGCCUCUGGAAAGCAAAGGGCUCCCCCCCUCCCCUCCUCAGCCUAACCUGUGAUUAUGAGCUGCAGAAACAAAGCUGUCUGUCUUCAGAUAGGACUAGAGCUUUCUUCGGGGGAAAAAAAAGGAUGUGGGGGGAGAAUGCAGCCUUGUGCUGUGACCGUUUUUAAUCCGGAGUGUUUUUUUUUUUGUUAUUUGUUUGUUUUAUUUAAAAAAAAACACGAAGAGGAGAAAAAAUGCUAAAUCUCUGCCUGCAGGGACAUAGAGGCCUUUAACUAACAUGGUGCUUGUUUACGCUUUCUGAAGCUUUACCAGCCUGACGUUUGGACUGUGUGGACCUAGGGGCCGGCAGGGCUCAGCAGCCCUGCUAUGAGAAUCGAUCGGUCCAGCCUGGAUUGGAUUUUGGCAAGCCACUGUGCUUGGUGGAUCCAGACACACAGCACUGUGGAUUAUUUCAUUUUUCUGAUGAAUGAAUGAAUGAGUGAAUAUGUAGCAGAAAGACACUUCCACUUACAAGGGACACUUUAAGAAGGACGCUUUAAGAAAACUUUGGUUUCGUGUCUGUUCAGAGGAAUUGCUGUAGUAGCCAAUUUCCAGGAAGUGUUUUGUUUAGACUUUAAAACAAAACAAAAAAAAAGGAAAAAAAAACACCACCACCACCAAACUACCCAGUUUGGAGAAAUCAAGUUUGGAGAAACAAGACUUUAAAUGAAAUACAGUAUAUAUAUAUAUAUAUACAUAUAUAUAUAUAUAAUAUGUACAUAAUAUUGGAUGACUAACUAUCAAAUAGAUAGCUCCUAUCAAAACCAAACAAGCUUCUCUUUUCUUUGUUUUGCUGAAGGCUAAAUCCUUAGUGCUAUGCAAUUCUUCCUUUUCAUUAAGUUGUAUUUCAAUUUUAAAUGUACCUUCAGAAUAAGCUCCCCCUCUUCCGGGUUUUGUUGCUUGAAAAUGUUGUUUCCCCUGAUUUUUUAUUAAUAUUCAUUUUGUUAUUUUUUUUUAAAGAAAGAAAUGUACAGGUUGCCAGUAAAAAUUGGCUUCAGAAUUAAAACUAUGAAAUAUUUUACAAUUUUCCUUGUACAGAAUACUUGGCUGUUAGCCCAAGGUUAAAAAGUUCAUAACAGAUUUUUGGACUAAAUGUUUUGUUGGGCAGUGCCUGAUAAGCUUCAAAGCUGCUUUAUUCAAUAAAAAAAUAUAUGAAUAUUACAAAGUAUCAUUGAAGUCCAACAAUAUUGUUUUGAGACUCUCUUAAAAAUACGGUACCUGGCAAUGUUUAUUUGAAAGAACAUUGUAAGCUUCUUGUGUUUGGUGGAGUGGGGUAGAAAGGGGAGAGAUGGGAGAGGAGGGAAGGGUAAUUUGCACCUUCUCCUUCCCUUAAUGAUUUCAGAGAACAAAUGACGUAAUUUGUUUUAGUCUUUUCCAAACCAUUUUGAUUUAUUACUCAUAGUCAAUUAAAUGAUAGUCUAACCGAUCACUGUAACCCUCAAGCUUCACCCAGCUGGUCAGAUAUUUCAGUUUUUAGGAAGGAUGGUUUUCUGUUACUCAUAGAGAAAUACUCAAGUUUUUUUGGACACCUAUUUAUGGUCAAUUAAAGGUGAGCCUUUGUGAUCGAGAGGGGUAUGAUUGUUGGAAAGUUAGGAUUCCCAUUUUCUAAAACAAUGAGAAGGAAAGGCAGGUUCUAAAAAGCAUUUUGACUGUGGCAGCACCAGGUAUAUUCCAGCUGACCAUUUUUUCGGGUACAAGAACCAAAGAUGUGUCAUCUUCAUCGCCCACACUGCAUCAGUGGUAUGACCAUUCCAGAAGUCUUGUCACUGCCCUUUCCUGUUCAUCCAGAUAAUUGUGUCUUACUUUGUAGGAGGGAAUAGGAAUGGUCCAGUAGAGUUAUCCUUCCAAUUUUAGGCUAGGCAGAGGUAUAUUUUCCUUCAUUUACAUAUGCAAAAUCUAUUUUGAUUAAUAGGAUUUGUAUAUGUACUGAGAGGAAUAAAUCCUAGUAGAUUCUCUGGUCACUGUCCAAACUAAUUAACACAAGAGUCUGGAGACAUCAUUUUAACUUUGGACGUGCUCUUAAGAGAUUGGUUUAAUUCAUGUACACUUCAUUUGCCUUUCCACUUCUGCUUCUGUGAAGAUUUUUUUAGUUGCUUUUGGAAACCAGCAAUUGACUUCAUUUUCUGCGGAAUGUUUUAUCUCUCAAACUGAAACCUUUCACAUAUGUAAGUUUGCUCUUAAGUCCAGAACUGUCAGUCCAAAAAUUUAAGUGAAUUUUUCUGAGCUACACAAAACUAUUUAUCAUUUCCUUCUCCUCUCCAGACGGAUCAGAAUUCAUCUGGACUAAAUUCUUUACCAAUGUUACUUUAUGACCAGUUUGGGGGAGAUAGGGUUGGGUAAGGUCUCGUGUGGCACAAAAAUAGAGCAAUUAGUGUAUAGUAGUGAAACUAGCUUUCGUUGCAACCCGGAUGUAGUAAGUGAAAUUCCAUGUUGUUUCAAGUAAUAAAGACAGAUCAGAGAUGAAUUACAUUCCGUAGGCAAACACACAUAAACAAAAUUGCUGUUUUCACUUUUUUAAGAAUUUUUCUCAGUAUGAUACCAAUGGAGAUGUUGGUAUUCCAACAUUUGCCUUCCUUGUAGCUAACGAGCACACUUGCAGAAGUUUUUAUUAUCAUAUUAUUAAAUAACGAGGCAGAAUUCACAGCAACAUAUCAUAGCAAGUUAUGCCAUGUAUACGGUAUUGCAGCCCUGCUGAAUGCCUCUGUGGUUGCUGAGUAGCAUGCCCAUCAUAGUUGUACUUCCAGACAUUUCACCAGCAUUCUGCAGUGUCCUUUCAGUGAAAUCCAACAGUUGUUGCUAACCAAAACCAAAUUGAAGCUUCCUGUAGACAUUAGUGGACAAUACAUAUAUUAGAGCUACUUCUGAGAACUGUUUUAUCCACCUAAUUUUUCCCAUCUGUGUGAUAUCCCUAAAAAGAAAAGCUAAAAACUAAGGUACAAAGAUGCUAUCGCAGGGCUGUAGGAAUGGGAACACUGGCCCUCAUUCUGAUUACACAGGAAGGAAAGAGAGAUCAUAAGUACAUGUAAAAACAGAAAAGCAUGUUUUUGAAAUCAUCUUACAACUUAGACUUGAGACCCAUAUAUAUAUAUAUAUAUAUAUAAAUAGUUAUAUAGAUAUAUAUUCACAUAUGUGCAUGGACUGUGUUUUCAGUGCACCUUUCAGCAAAAAACAAAUACACAAUCGUUUCGUUCAUUCAAGCACAUAACCAUCCAAACUUCUGAGAACAAUUUUUUGUGUAUGUGUGUGUUUUUUAAAGGUUGUGUUAGUUUUGUUUUACAAUGGUGAAAACUGUUUGCAAGUGAAAUGGGAAAUACAGUAAUUCUCUGACUUUUUUUUUCCCUUUUGAAAAAAAGUAACUCCUUGCAGGCCGGUCUGGAUGACUCUCAACUGAGAAAUCCUUGUCUAAGUGUGUAGAGUCAAAAUGUGUCAUUGUGAGCUGUUGCUGUGGGGAAUCAGUGGCUUUGUUUUGUAGCUGGUUAUGAGUUAUUGUGCUUGGGAUGUCCUACUGAUGUCCCUCCUUGGGAGGGACUCAUUGCUGGUUGUAACAACUGUGCUUUUGUUAUGCAUGGUAUCCAAGUCAGUUAGGAAGUAGACCCUGGUAGGUGUGCAGGUUCAGGGUCAUUUAAGAGAGGGGCAGUUCAAAGCACAAUGCCUCCCAUGGGACAAAGUUCCAAAAUGUCAAAUUUUUCUAAAGAUAAAACCUCCAGCUUUUGGGGGUGGGGAUAGAGUUGUUAUCCUAGGUGAGAAUGGGGUUAGGGUCAAUUGGAAAGAAUAUCCAUGUUACUGUUACACUUGUCACCAUGAGAGAGAGCAUUAUCUGCCCAGGAUGCUGCUAUUUAAUUUUUUAAAAAAAAUUAAAAUUCAUUUUUCUUGUUACUUUGUUUAAAAAGCUUUGUUCAAUGUUUUUUACAAAAAAAUAUAUAUUGUUAAAAUAAAGUUGGUCUUUGACGAGAGGGAGGAUAUGGUGGUCAGUUGUAAUUUUGCCUUUACAAGGUAAUGGGGGGGUGCUGGGGAAGUGUACCUCCUUGAAAUUUUGUUCAAGCUCUAGAUUCAAUGGCUCUGUGUCUCGUUGUUUUAAGUUGCUUUUGAUGCAUUGUAUUAGGUCUUCAAAAAGAAUAAAAGUUGUUUUGAAACUUAA